AUGGCCACAGUCGCAAAUGUCUGGACUGAACGCGCUGCUAAAGCUCGACAAGGAGGGCCUCAAUCUCCCCCACAACUUCCGCCACCUCCAAAUCACGAUGCAUUCGUUGUCAGAAAGCAUGUAGUCGAUGUUUGGCCGACCGUUACUAGCGCAAACGGUCUUUCACAACCCCCCAAAUCCAGAAAAACUACGCCGCCUAUAUCCCCAUCGACGUUCUCCUCGGUGCUUCCCACCCCCGCCUUCUCGUCUCCCUCAAAUUCUGGAGCAGUUUCGCCUGCCAAGGGUAGUGCAAGCAGUAGCGCCAGUUCCUCAGUACAGUCAUCUGGACCGUCUAUGCCACCAACCAAAAUCAAGCAACGGAAAUGGGUACCAAUCCCUCCAGAGGAGCUCCGUGCUGCCGCCCGGCAACAACAAAGGGCCACAACUGCUGAGCUUCGUAACGGUAUGGCGGAGCGCCCAGGGCGUAGGAAGAGUCAAACUCCCAGUACAACAACAUCUCGUGAAGAGAGUGUAGCUUCCUUCGACCGCGAUCGCGAUCAACAACGCGGUUACCCCCAGCCCGAAUACGCGCCAGGCGAUAAUUCUUGGGCUUAUAUAAACCCUAAUGCCACCCGCACUUAUCCCACAUCGUCCUACUUCCAACAACCAUAUCAAUACUGGUCCACCAAUCCGCCACUGACGCGCCAUCUUCAAGACGAGUCCACCGAACUUCCCCCACACAAUCACUAUCGCGACGGGUGGCGACCCCAUUAUUGGUGGCUGCCUUCUGAGCAGUCACAGGCACUAUCUGCUCCAUCUGAGCCCCCACCACCUCAAAUAGUUGAGCCAACCCAACAACCUCACCCCCCACAUCCAACGAAAAAUGUGCCUCCGCGGGUUUUCCUUUUUGGGACCAUAGAUGCGACCGAGAACACUGGAUUGGACGUUGAUGCACCGACAAAAACCGAAGCCAAACGACGGAAACCUCAGACUUCGCCUCAACCUGAAUCCCCUUCUGCGAUUCGAAUAUCUUCCAGUCCGAGCGGACCGGUUGAACUCAACUCCGAUCCACCACAUGCAGCAGCAUCUAAUGGCAUCUCUCCGCCAUCCAACUCAUCUUCCACCCCAGUUGGGUUGCCGCUCAGUGCUUCAAAGCCUGCGCUAUUCGCGAUUGGUGUUUCGCCGCGUGCCCGCGCAGCCCGUCUGGAAGAAUUUCCCGGGGUAGAGGUGGUCGAUCUGACAGUAGCUUUGGGAACUGGUGCAGCGAAUGGUCAAGAGAGUGCUAUGGGCGGCAAAUGGGAGUUUGGAACAACGCGGUCAAACCUGGCGGAGGAACCUACUCAAUCACCACAUGGCACGUAUGGACCUCCUUUCUGGGGCUAUCCCUACGACACGGCCAUGUACGGCUAUGCUAUGCCUCCCCCACGUAUGAUGAUCCCUUAUUCACCUUCCAACGACGUCGACCCCACCGUCCCCGUCAGUCAUGGGUCGGAAUGGGAGGUCCGCGACUUUGGCUACGGCUUCGGCCACAGUACAACUUCCAAUGCGGACCUCGUGAGGGCUUCAGUUCUACGACAACCACGUGACUAUGAGCCAUCGUCUGCAGGACAGUCUCCAGCCGAGGAGCGCUCAACCGCGCGAGAUUUUGAGCGUCCCACCACCCGUGACUUUGAGGGACAGGGUUACGGGCGACCAAGAAGGGGCUCGUAUGCUAAUGGUGGAUUUGAGCCCCGUGGCUACGGCGGCAGGAGGGGCCGAGGGGGUCACAGAGGCUAUCGUGGCUAUAACAGCAACAGAGCCGACUCUUCUGCUCCGUACGGACCUAAUCGUCACCAGCAGCAACUGUACGCUGCUUUUACGGCUAAUCCGACCGUAAACUACCUUCCACCCGUACCGUUGGACGACUACUAUGGCUCACAGAACCUGCAUAUGAUGUCUGAAUACUAUUCAGCACCUCCGCCAACGUUGCGGACCCAACUAUCAUUCCCAAUCGACCGUCUGCGGAUGGAAAUCCUGAGCCAACUCGAGUUUUAUCUCAGCCCUGAUAAUAUGGCGACAGACUUCUAUCUCAGGCAGCAGAUGGACUCCCGAGGUUGGGUACGGAUCGACACUCUGGCAUCCUUUAAACGGGUGCAAGCCAAGACCACUGACGUUAACCUUGUCCGAGAUGUUCUUGCCCUCUCUCACUAUGCCGAAACUCGGGGAGACUGGGUUCGUAGCACCGAGGGCUGGGAAAAGUUUGUUCUACCGACUGCGGCGCCGAGUGUAGUAGUUGAAGAAGAAGAUGACGACGAUGAAGAGGACGAAGAUGUUGUUAUCGUCAUGGACCGCAUAUAA